UGCUUCCACAUAAAAGAUAUAGGAGAGAGGCUCACUUUUAAUUAGAUUUAAACAAGAGCCUAGUUUUUCAGGCAUGGGGCCCCUCCUACCAGCAUAUGAAGAGAAAACUUCUCCAGAAGUAUGAAUCGCCUUCUGAAUGCUCGUGACAGCAGCAGAGGAAAAGUACCUAGAUUACCUUAUUCUAAAAUGUGAUGGCAGAGAGUUGAUCCAGGAUUGAUCCUUCUGGAGUACAUUCAAAGUGGAGACAUAUAGCCCAACGUAUUUGAAGAUCUUAGUUUGGAAAGGAAAAACUGCAGUAUUUUUUAUAUUUAAAACAUUUUUUUGGUAAAAUUUGGUGAUGUUGCUGUUCGCCAUACAGAGGUAAAAGCCGUGAUGGACGUAAGCUAUGCAGAAGAUGGAGAAGCAUGCGCGCUCAUCCUCCAGGGGAUUUGGGAGUAUGCGCGAGCAGGGCAGGAGGUUAUCCUGCUGUCCCCGUACCUGCCUGCGUCCUACGCCUUCUUGACGCACGUCCUGCUCUGCGCACCUUUCCUCGCGCUGGACGCGCUGGCGAGCGUCAGUGAGCGGGUCCGGUCGUGGAGGAUCGCGCCAGACUCGGGUCCACCGCCGUCUCUCAGACGAUGGUUUGACUGUUUUUGGAGGGUACUGUACAGAUACCUGACUACCGUCCUCCCCGCCACCGCAGUCUUUCAGACGCUGAGGAGCCCUGGUCCGUUACCGGAGCUGGCUCCGUCCUGCUGGCAGCUCUUUGUGGAAGUCUUCUCAUGUUUCCUGCUUUUUGACAUGCUCUUCUUCAUGUGGCACUUCUCCAUGCACAGAGUUCCCGGGCUCUACAAGAGGAUCCACCAGCUGCAUCACCAGCACCACACACCCUUCGCUCUGGCAGCUCAGGACGCCAGCUCAGCUGAGCUGCUGUCUCUGCUGCUGCUGGCUCUGACCAGCUCCUGGGUGGUGGGAUGCCACCCUCUAAGCGAAGCCUUUUUCCACCUCAUCAACAGCUGGCUGGCGGUGGAGGAUCACUGUGGCUACGACCUGCCCUGGGCUCUGCACAGGCUGCUGCCCUGUCUGGGAGGAGCCCCCUACCACCAAGCCCACCAUAGUACCUACAGUGGCAACUACGCCCCCUACUUCACCCACUGGGACCUCCUCUUUGGUACAUACUGUACAUCAGUGCUGCAUUCACGUCCAGAGUGACAAAACUGUUGCAGGAAAAUCUGUCAAGAUGCCCUGAUUUUUUCUACAGAUUUUGGUUGUUACUGAUCAACUUUCCAUUGCACGCUCCGUGAGGGAUAUGGGAUCCCACGGUUUACAUCACUGCCAUUUCAGUCACAUCCAAAUAUCUUUUUAAAAUGUAUAAUUCUCUAAGCAAGACUGCAUACUGUCAUGUUAACCUGCAAUUUCUACAGCUGUUCUAUAUCAAGUGAAUGCAGAACGAGAUGAGGAGGGAUGACACCGUGAACUAAUGUGCAACUUUGUUUCCCUGACAUGGGAGUGUCUUUGGAUGGAUUCUUAAGCUUUCAUAUUGUAGAUGUUAAGCAGAUAAUAUGUCAUAGAUGUGUUUUGGUCAAUGCUGAUCAUACAUGUAGUUAAAAAGGGAAAACCACAAAUCUGAGUGAAUGUCUGCAGUGAGCUCUCAUGCCGGGCCACUUUACAAACUGCUCAUGGGAAUAGUUUGACGUUAUUGUGACAUAUGCUUAUUUGCUUUCUUGCAGUGAAUUAGAUAAGAAAAUUGACAUCCUUCCCAAGUCUAUACAGUAAAUUAGAAGCUAAGCCAGUCAGCUUAGUUUAACACAAAGACUGCACUCAGGGGAAAACAGCUAGCCUGGCUCUGUGGAGGCUCCAGUAAGUGGCUACACCUGGCCAAGAAAUGGUAUGGCACAUAGACUGUAAAACCACACAUUUUUGUACAGAUUAAACAAAUGAGAUAUAACAUGCUAAUUGGUGAGCGGAUCUUGUUCCCCUUGUUUCCAGUCUUUACAUUAAGCUAAGAUAAAAUGGCUGCUGUUGCUUGAUAUUUACUGUGCAGACAUGAGAGUGGUAUUCAUUGUCUCAUCUAACUCUUGGCAGGAAAGCAAAUAAGCGCAUGUCACAAAAAGCUACUCCUUUAAUAUCACAAAAUGAUUUGAUAUCUGUCUUUCAUUUAUUAUGAAAGGUAAAGUAAGUCUGUAGUUUGUGCAAAACUAAAAUAUGUAAGAGGGACUGUCUCCAGUGUAAGAAUAAUGUAAACAUUUGAAGUGAACAAUCCUCUUUGGCAAAGACUCUGUUAUAUUCAAUGCUAUGUUUGUUCCUUUACGCAUGCUUGUAAGGCUUUUUCAUGAAUCAUUAUUUCUGCACAAAUUUCUGCACAGCCUUACCAACAUUGGGCUUGAUGAGCAUGAGAAAAUGUAUUAAAGCUGCACACAGACUUAGUGUGUUGUUAUUCGCCUCAGGUUCAGGUUUCUGCUGUGCUGCUCUGGUUAGUGAAUUGGAUGCCCUGGGCUUUUCAAGUGUCUGUUCUCUGUAAACUGGUUCCACAGGGAUUGCCGUAGCAAUUAAAAUCACAUGUUUUUAGAGAUGGGAAGCUUUUCAGUCACUAUGCAGUUUUGACCUUUGUUAAAAAAAAAACAAACAAAAAAAACA